GUCAUUUUGUAAUCGUGGCUAACUUCUGCCUAACAGUGUUGGUAUACCAACGUAAUGUGAUGUCAGCAACAUUUUAUGGAUUUGACAGGUAACUGGGAAUUUCGUGCAAUAACGGCGAUUGGAAUUACACAUAUUGAGUCUCAUAAUGUGAGAGUCAUUAGUGGUGUGUGAUGACGACUCGACGGAGGCGUGCAGGGUCUGAGUCGUAUGUGGAGGAGUUGCCGGUGCCUGGGACUUCUGUUACAGAUAGCAGCUUCCAGAGACAUUCACCUCUGAAUUUGCCACAGUCUUCGUACCCGUUUCAACCUCAGGUUGCCAACAACUUGAAUGAAGGGAUUUCUUUAGGAGCUCCCUCUGUGAAUGUAUCAGGCGAUCAUGCUUACUACAAAAAAACUGAUACGUUUAAGCCUUCCACUGUGGUGCAGAGUAUUUUAGAGCCCCAGAGUCUAGGUUAUCCUCAACAGGCAAAUGCCAGUUGUCAUGGAACACUGACUUAUAGUAAAAAUACUUUUCCUCUGGGUAAUAGUAGUGUGAAUGGUCAAAGUUACCAGUGGAACAGUGAUAGUGGUAAUUUGAACAGUAAAGGAAGCUUUACUUAUUCACCUUGGCCAUCUAACUGUGACAUAGAAGAUUCAGAAAUGGCAUCUCGUGACCGCACUCAGGAAUUUGUUCGAAUUGUUAGGUCGCAGCAGGGAAACCAAACUAACAGUGUUCUCCCUCAGAAUAACAGACGUCCAAGAGAUUUACGACAGUAUACAGAGUUUAUGCAAAGAUCAAAAUUAAUUGGAAGAAAUAUAUCCAGCACUUACGCUAAGUUGGAGAAGUUAACUCACUUGGCCAAAAGAAGAUCGCUUUUUGACGAUAGCCACGAUCACGAAGUUCAAGAACUAACUGGUAUUAUUCGCCAUGAUUUGACAUCCCUUACUAAACAACUAACUGAUCUACGCAACCAGUCUCGUAUUGCUAGCCCUAAUGGAACUAGUUCGCACCUUCAGAAACAUUCAUCCAAUCUGGUGGGAUCCCUCCAGACCAAGGUUGCAUUCAUCACACAGAAGUUUAAGGAUGUUCUAGAAGUUCGUACAGAGAACCUCAAAAAGCAGGCUGAAAGGCGUGAUCAUUUUACUGGUGGUGCAGUUAGUGGUGAGCUUCCUCCUGGUGCGGUAUCUGGGUAUCACCAUGGUUCAGUCCUUGUAGCUGAUGAAGCUGCCGCAUAUUCAACAAAUGUAGACUCAAGUAGAAGUAAUGGGGAGGUUGCUAUCAAUCUUGGUAGUGGUGGCACUUACCAUCAACAGCUACAACUUAUGGAAGAGCAGGAUACUUACCUACAGAGUCGUGCUGAUACAAUGCGAACAAUCGAAUCCACUAUUGUGGAAUUAGGUCAGAUGUUUACCCAACUAGCAACCAUGGUUAAAGAACAAGAAGAGCUAGUACAUAGGAUAGAUGCCAAUGUUGAAGAUGCUGAACUCAACGUAGAGGCUGCUCACUCUGAACUUCUUAAAUAUUUCAAAUCUGUGUCUUCGAAUCGAAUGUUGAUGAUAAAAGUCUUUGGUAUAAUGAUUGCAUUCUUUGUUAUUUUUGUAGUUUUCAUGGCAUAGUGUGGUGAGAUGUAUGGUGUGGUACGUGUACUUUAUAUAUCUAGUGUGCGUAUAAUCAUUUUAUAUUAUAUAUACAUACAUACAUACAUAAUAUAUAUAUUUGUACACAUACAUAUAUAUGCAUACAGUAUACUACAAGGUAUGAAGGCAAAACAAGUUCUUUGGUAAACCAGCUUUCUCAUUUAAGUGAUAAAAAAGCAAAGCAUAAGACAAAAUUGUGGUAGAUGUUAUAAUAAGAAAUAAAAAUGCUUGGAACAUUAUGAGCCAUGCAAAGAAAAGUAUGAUCCAUAACAGUUAAUGGGUCAUGAACCUUUACCAUAAACACAGAAUAAAUUCUAUAAUAGAAAUAAGGGAAUGCCUUAAAGAAACUGAUUUAUACCACUGUUCAGUCACAAAGAGGUGGAAGGUAUACCAUAUAACUCUUCAGUGCGUUAUGUUUCUUGUUGCAUUUUCUCAUGUUGUGGACUGCUCUGAUGUUUUCAUUUAUUAUUUGUGUAAUUUAUUUUAUUAUGCUAGUCUUUCAUUGUUAUUUUUAAUUUUGCGAUCUUUUAUCAUACACUAAUUUCUGUCAUCAUGAAGGAUUUGGUAUUGUGCUUCUCAUUUUAAGCCCUGAUGAUGGGAAACUUGGUUUCCUGAAAGCUUGGUGUGUUUAUGUAUAUGAUACAUGAGAAGUUGCAGUUCUGCUUUAGUUUCCUUUAGAUAUAUCUUAAAAUCUUUGAAGGAAUAUAUAUAUAUAUAUAUAUAUAUAUAUAUAUAUAUAUAUAUAUAUAUAUAUAUAUAUAUAUAUAUAUAUAUAUAUAUCCCAAGUGACCUUUUUUAACUAUGAUUUCUUCACACUUGGAUACACUUGUCACUGCCAAACAUAAGAUCAAAUUGUCAAAAUUCUAAUGCUCAUGACAGGAUUAGAACCCAUACCUGACAAGUUAGUGAAUUCAACCUGAACCUCUUGACAACAUCAAGUGGUUAAAGUUAACUUCAUUAUGAUGUACCGGGUGCAGGGUCAAAUCCUGCCACUGACAUCAGAAUUUCUUCAUGUCUUUUUCAGUAUGUGGAUCGUAGGCUUUGUAGUGACAAAGUAUAUGAAAAAUUGUGAUGAAACCGAUGAGGUAAAAAAUCAAUGAUGUAAAGGUCAUUGUACGUAUGUAUUGUAUGUAUGCAUGUAUGUAUGCAUAUUUUUAUUUAUCUCCCAAUAAAGUUAUAUAGUAGAUUUUGAUUGAAUAACAAUUUUAACAGUGUACUUUGUGUUAAAGAUAUAUUGAACAAAAAGAAACUAAAUGAUAGCACAUCAUGUGAGAGAUUGGUAGCAAGUAACCAUACAUAAAUUAAAAACAUAAGAAAUUAUAUAAUGAGAGAUGAAACGAGUUGAAGUGAAAAGAUUAGAAAUUGAUAAAACAGAAAGAAAUUAUUGAACAUUGUCGAGAGAGAGAGAAUAACCAUUUGCCCAUCAAUCAUUCUUCUUGGUUGUUCUUGGAAAGUUAAGAUGAAAAGAAUUGGUAGUUUUGCAUUUAAAUACUUUAAUACAUACAUGAUAGAGGUCAGUUUUGAGAAAGUUUAAUGUUCAUUAGUUUAUUUUAUCUUGAAGGAACUUUCUUUAAAAAAUUUAUUUUUGAUGUAACAUUUUAUAUGAUUCCCAACUUUUUUAUCAGCUAACAUUACAAUCACAUUUAAAGAAAACUCUGAAGCAUAUGAUAACCUAGGAACAUCAAAUUUGCAACUCUGUUCACUAAUUUUAUUUUGUAUAUAUCAAAUACAGGUAUUUAAAUGUAAAUGUUCCCUGAUUCUUUUGUCCUUUUUCGUAACCAGCUUCCAACAUUCACUUCAAACGAUAAAUGAUAUCAUUCUGUCUGUCUGCUUGUGUGUGUGAUUGCCUACCCAAGGUGUAGUACGGAGCUGAUACUCUUGAUUUUGUAUUAUUUCAUUAUUCACGGCGAUAAUGCUAUAAUCAUUAUUUUAAUUGUAUGUGCUGUAAUAAAAGUUUAGUAUGCA